GCGCGCGCCGCGGAAGGGAAAGGGAAGCCACCCGCACAGCCCGCAUCGCACGCCUGCAAGCGGCAAGCCAGCCGGGGAAAGAAAGUCUCGCGAGAGCUCCCGGGCUAACAACCUGCUUCGCAACACACACACACACAGCAGCGCCGCCGCCGCCGCCGCUCGGUUGCCAGCAACAAGACCCAGCCCGGGGGGAGGCACAGCUGGGGCGGGAGGGGAGCGCAGCUGGGGCGCAGGAGCGCCCGCCCCCCGCAGGACACCCCCAGCCCCGCUGCCAAGCAGUCUUCCCUUACUGGCCAGAGGAAAAAAAAGGAAAAGAAACCCGGCAUCGUCCGCCUCCGGUCCCCUUGGGGGUUAUGAAGGAAGAAUGGAGUUCCCAGACCAUAGCCGGCAGUUACUGCAGUGCCUGAGUCAGCAACGUCACCAGGGUUUCCUGUGUGACUGUACCGUUUUAGUCGGAGACGCUCAGUUCCGAGCCCACAGAGCCGUCCUCGCCUCCUGCAGCAUGUACUUCCAUCUUUUCUACAGGGACCAGCUAGACAAAAGGGACAUUGUGCAGCUCAACAGUGACAUUGUCACCGCCCCGGCCUUCGGCUUGCUGCUCGAAUUCAUGUACGAAGGCAAGCUCCAGUUCAGCAGCCUCCCGGUGGAAGACGUCCUGGCCGCCGCCAGCUACCUUCACAUGUACGACAUUGUGAAAGUCUGCAAGGGCAAGCUGAAAGAUAAGGAGUUGUGCGGGGAAGAGAAGGCGAACGGCAGGGGGGCCCCUUUGGAGAAGGACGAGCGGGGCUCGGCCAACGGCGUCCCCCCGGGGUACGAGCCCGACCUGGGGAGUAAACAGAAAUUGGCCGCUGCCGAAUAUGAACCACCAAUCGUCGGUAAGCAUAAUGACAGUAGUCAUACGUGCCUCACGCCUCUGAUCCGUUCGAACACCAACGCCCGUUCGGUCUUAACGCAACGACGCAAAACAGACGUGGCAGCUGAAACGACGAAAGUGGGUACUUUGGGAGGACUUUUGUCCCAAAGGUCUCUUAACCGCUCCUUUGCUCCGGGUGAUGCCGAGUGUGCUUUAGAUUUGUCUUUCAAGCCUCUGGCGGGGAGGGAUUCCUUACACCCCCCCUACGUCUUUGGACAGCUGGCUCUCGAUAGCCAGCAGCAGGGUAGCGUAACUUUUGUGAAAGACGAACAAGAGUCACUGUCGGAUGGAGAGGUUGGGGAAGCGGGCAGCCCGGAGAGCCAGCAUUUUGGGAACGCUGCCAAAAGCCUUAUGACAGGCCUGGGAGCCGUGUUUGCGGGGAACGGGAAUGCUCACGUCCCGGAGGAGGACCUCGACCACGAACGGGAGGCCAGCGAGGACGACAUGGAUUCCUCUGACCUCUUAUCGGCCGGGGUCCUGGUCCCUCCCAGCCACAUCUGCGUGUGCCCCCUCUGUAGCAAAGUGUUCCCCAACCCCCACGUCUUGCAGCUCCACCUCAGCUCCCACUUCCGCGACAAGGACGGCUCGCGGACCCGGCUGUCCCCCGACGGUUCCGUCCCCACGUGCAGCCUCUGCGGCAAGACGUUCUCCUGCAUGUACACCUUGAAAAGGCACGAGCGGACUCACUCGGGCGAGAAGCCGUACACCUGCGGCCAGUGUGGGAAGAGCUUCCAGUAUUCCCACAACCUCAGCCGACACGCGGUGGUGCACACGCGGGAGAAGCCGCACGGCUGCAAAUGGUGUGAGAGACGGUUCACCCAGUCGGGCGACUUGUACAGACAUAUCCGUAAAUUUCACUGUGGCCUUGUAAAGUCGCUGGUGGUUUGAGGUAAACGGUGUUAGGGAGGGGGAAAAAAAAGCAACGGCACCAAGAUGGUAUCAGCUCUUUUGUCGAGGAUAAUUCUCUUCAGGCGUACGAUGUUUGGGAGAGGAGAUGUAGGUCUACAUUUCACAAGGGGAGGGAGGCGUUCCCAGUGCCUCUCCCUUCCACCAUAGGCCUCACUGACCCAUGUUGUUUUGUUUAUCUUUGCAUGAUAGGAAAAGUGUAUCUUAAUUCACGAGCAACUUUAACUGAAAGUUCUGGGCGGCCUGACUCAAUCCCAUUGACUGGCCCAACUGGUGUGUAGGUUGGGCCAGUCCCUUGAUAAGAAGAGUGUUUUGUGCCCUCCUGGUUUGGCCGUGCUUCCUUGCCAAUCUGGAAAUGGGUGAAGAAGUCCCCUGAGCGAGGAGGUGUGGAUCUUGUCCAGAAGGUACAUCCCAGGUGUAUCAGGAUCCACACAGCUCCCCGUCCCAGCAUUGUUUAUGUUUCCCUCACAGGUUCCUCAGCUAGGCAGUCACUCCUAGACUACCGAUUCUUCAUAUCCUGUGGAUAUCACGUGUUAAUUUUGACACCCUUUAUUUUAAGUUCCUUGCAGACAAGUUGCAUUUCAGACGCAGGGAGGAGGAUCUCUAGGACAAAUUUUAUAUUAUUUAUUGCAUGUGUAUUUGAACACACGUCUGAGUUCCAUACGCCUUGUGGGGGGGUCAGCCUUCGCAAUAAGCAGGAAAAGCCGUGAAAUCCGCACGGCCUGGCUUGAAAACUCCCUCAGUUUUUCCUCAUUUGUGGGUGACAUUUCUUUGGCCUUCUGAAAUUGUCUGGACUCAAGUUCUCCCGCUGAUCAGUUUUCUUAUCUGUGCACUUCCUUUUUUUUUCUUUCCCACCUAACCUGGUGGCUUUUGCAAAAAGCACUGAAACGUUUUCCAACUGCUUGUCUGUGGGGAGUGGGCAAGUUCACUGCAGUCCACAGUACCCUAAACAAGCAUAAACUUGAUCCUAAGUCUGUCAGACCCCGCACGGGCAAGGCCCCAAUCCACCCCACAGUCCUACUACAAAAAGGAGAUAUACGAUUGUGUGAGCGACAUCUAUUUCUUAUGAGCCUUGAUUCAUACUGAGGGUUCUGUGUAAUCUAUCGGGAACAGGUGCUUAAUGAUGCCUAAACACUAAAUUGGGAUCUGGAAAGAGGAAAUCCUGUCAGUUUAUUAUUUCUUUGUCCUCUUCUGCCAGUUAAUUCCCACUGGGAAUAAGGUCAGCUCUUAAGGAGUUGGAAGUUCUUUCCGCUAAAUAUGAUUGAAAGUCUCAACCUAUGGAAAGUUCCUCUCCUCUUCGGUCCCGCCUUUCCCCCCAUAUGCGUAACAAGCAUGGUGGGAAGAGAGGAAGGAGUUUCGCCCCCAGGUUGGCCGCUUGGCAUAGCUGCACGUGUUCUGCCUCGCCAGGGAUACUAUUCAAAGCUGCGUGCAUUUCCAUUUGUGAAUUUUGGCCAUCUCAGGAUUUAUCCUACGGUCGGUGGCUUUUGCAAAAUGGAGUUUUCUUCCCACUGCAGCCCACGGCCCCCUGAAAUUUCAUUUGGUGGGGAUGUCAUCAAAUCCUGCAGAACAGCAUUGGGGACAAACGGGGGCGCCUGUGGCCGGAGGGGUAAUUCCUGGAAAGUGCUACCCCUUCUUUGGACGAUCUGGCUGCCUUUAAGUCUUGAGAUCAGAGUGGCUGGAUCCACAGAUGCAGGAAUAAUUCCCUCUUCUCCUUCCCAUACUGCUUUGGAACAACAACUUUGCUACUCGUAGGUGUGGGUGGCUUGUUGAUCCUACAGACAAGUGCCUCUUCUGGGUUGCCAACCUCUAACUACGUAGCCAUUAUGUUUUGUUCUGGCCCGUUGGCUGCCCAAAUCGAGGUCCCCCUUUUGCCAGCGAAAGUUCAGCAGCGAGCCGCAGCAGUGGACGUGUUCUCUCCCACACUUCAAUGUUACAACAGCCCCGAAAGCUGUUGUGUGUCAGUGCUUUUAUUUGUACGGAUUCUUACACUAAACCACCUGUCUUCUGUUUCACACCUCUCGGCUUGGGUUUGAUCUCUGCAAAGCAAGCUACAAGAUGGCAGCUGGCUCAGAAAUCAGGGCAUUAACGGAGAGUACGACUUACACGUGCUUUUCUCUUUUUCCUUGGACUAUCACUCAAGAGUCCAGCUUUUCCUGGUGCUUCGGGAAAACACAGCUGGCUGGAACUGUGGGUGGAAGUAUGCCUGGAGUUAGAUGGAAAACUGGGUGAAUGAGGCCUUGGUGAACCAGGGGAGGUAUUAUUGGGCAUCAAAAGCUGCUGCACAACAUUUCCUUUAAAAUUGUUUGCAAACUUCAGGUAGUUAAAGGCCAGCAUCAGCAUUUCAAACGGUUAAAAGAGUGUCGUGUUCCAAAGACUAGUUUCUGGUACAUGUCGCUUCAUCCCCAAACACUGGAAAUGUUGAAUUAGGGGGUUUAAAGGUGAAAUCCAGCAAACUUGUUCUGGUAUGUAGAUUUUUCUUUUUCUUUUUUCUCUUCUUCACUGUUUGUUGAUAUUUAAUUGUACAUCUCCAUAGGUCAAAUUUAGCAAAGUUCUACCAAUUAGGGAAAAGGCUUACAGUCUUGCUGUUACACUUUUGUUGAAAGUGAUCAAGCUUGGCGACACGUGUGCUUUUUUCUCCAGACUAGCAAAACUUUGAAAAGGUUUGGGUUGUGUGUAUUUGUGGUUUUUUAAAACGAUCAUUUGGGUUCUGAGAGAAAUCAAAAUGCUGUAUAGUUCCAGGGGUGGGGAGGCGGAAAUUAGGGUGUUAAUUGACAUAUUUCUGAUCUCCAUUCUAGAGUGUUUCAUAUCAGGUUAUAUGUCUUCUGGUGAAAUGAUCAAAUUAUAUUUUUGUGUAUGUGAAACUUCUAGAAGAAAAUUGUGCUUGAAUGUAAUUUUAUGAGUCUGCUAAUGAGCGAGGCUAGGGGAUUGAUAAAUUUACUGACCUCUCUUUGAUAUUUUGUUUAACCGAUACGAGAGGUCGGGAAGGACUCGCCCUAGAAGACUGCAGAGGAAAAAUAUUGUCUGACAUUUUGCUUCCACUACUUUUUAGAAAGGAGACAAACGACACCAUUAGUUCAGCUAAAGCUUUGCUUUGUUUAUUACAACAGUGUAUACUGCAGAAGAGGCAAGCCACUGUUUAAAUAGACUAGCCUCUUCCGUCAUUUGUACAGAAAGUGGAAAAGAAAGCUAUGGCUGCGUGAUUACCUUUUUCCUGUGCACAAGUAUACCUUCCUUGAACCCAGGCCAAUAUGUUUAGGAAGCACUGCUAUGAAGGAGCAAUACUUCUGUUUUUUUUUUAAUGUAGCAACACUGUUUUGGGGAGGCUGACGUGUGGGUGGAAGGGAACUCCGGCUUUCGGUACCAUUGAGAACUGACCUGUUUCAAGCUCUUCUUUCGUUCCUCUCUUAAAUGACAAAUGCACAUAUAAUGUGAAAUUUUGCUUCUAUUUAUAAUACGUUUGCAAUCAGAUUCAUUUUGUUGCUGUACGGAUGCUCUUGCUGACCCACGGAAGGCGUGCGCAAGCGCUAGACUGCCUGCAAGACGUGACUUUGGUACUGUGGUCUUAUUUUGCGUUUUAUUUUCUUUCCCUCGGAUUGGAAACCGCACUGAACAAAGCCUUCAAAAAUUAAGUUAUUUCUCUUUUUCUUUUUCAGUUUAAAAAAUUUAAGUUAUAUAAUUUUUUUUCCUCCUGAUGAUACUUGAUAUAGUAUUUAUUAGAUUUUUUU